AUGUCUGCCCCCGCCGAAACCGCCUCGUCCUCGACCGCACCCGCCGAGCAGCAACAGCCCGCCAUCGCGCAGGCCAUGCAGGCGACUCCCCAGGAGCUUGGCCACAAGGUCUUUGUCGGCAACCUCCCCUUUGACGCGACGGACGAGUCGAUCAAGGAGAUCUUUGGCAAGGUGGGCCAGGUUACCGACGCGCAGAUCAUCCACCGGGGCAGGCGCUCGCUUGGCUACGGCUUCGUGACCUACACCUCGGAGUCCGACGCCGCCUCUGCCGUUUCCCAGCUCGACAAGUCCGAGAUCUCUGGUCGCCAGGUCAACGUCGAGGUUGCGAAGCCCAUGCCCGUGUACGAUGGCCCUCCUGCGGCGCGAGCACCCAGGAAGGCGGCGAAGAAGGCGGCUGAGGUCGCGGCGACGAGGGAGACGGCGCAGGAGGCGGCUGAGGGUGAGGGCGAGGCCAGGCCGAAGAAGGCUCGCAAGCCCCGCACCAAGACUCGCGGUCCUCGCGCGCCUCGCAACGACGAGGAGACUGAGGAGGCUGGCGACGCACCUGUCGGCAACAGCGCUGUUUCCGACGCCGCCGACCAGCUCGCCAACACGCACCUCGAGGACGGCGCCGCUCCCCGUGCCCGCAAGCCUCGCACCCGCAAGCCCCGCGCUCGCAAGACCGGUGCUGAGGGCGAGGUCUCUGAGGGUGCGGGCGAGGGUGAGCCCCCUGCUCUCGGCGCCGCCAAGCCCCGCCAGCCUCGUCAGCCUCGCCGCCGCGGUCCCCCCUCGACCGGCGUCGAGUCGCAAACCCUCAUCUUCGUCGGCAACCUCCACUUCAGCGUCACGAACGAGAUGCUCGCCGCCGCCUUCCCCGAGUGCAAGGUCAAGUCGGCCGUCGUCGUCACGCUCAAGUUUGGCCAGAAGGCGGGCAGGAGCAAGGGCUUCGCAUUUGUCGACUUUGAGACGCACGAGGACCAGCUCAAGGCGCUCGAGAAGUACCAGGGCACCGAGCUCGAGGGCAGGCAGCUCAACCUCAAGGUCGCGAUCCAGCCCGAGGGCGGAGAGGGCCAGGGCGCCGAGCAGGCUGCCGCGAGGGAGGCCAACGAGGGCGACGCGGCCGAGUCGAACGCUGCGCCUCCCGUCCCCGAGUCGAACAGGACUGAGGGCGACGCCAUCAUCGUUGCGUCGUAA